UCUCUCCCGCUUUACUAGUUUAUAUAUAUUAUUAUUACAUAAAAAUAAAAACUACUUGUCUUUAUCGAAAAUCGUAGUGAAAAUUGGCGCGAUUCUGAAUCUCAAUUCCCAAUUCUCAGGAAGUUCUAGAUUUGAGUUGGUUUAAGGUCUGGGAUCAUCCAAUUAUACAGGUUUGGAAGCUGCACCAAGGGUAUUGAGUGCUUCAUGUUUAAUUCUGGGAAUAAUUCAAGCCGGGGGAGUUUAACGCCAUCACCAGAUAUGCCUCCCUUGCCUCAGUGUUUACCAUUGGACCCGAUUAUAUUGGGCAAUCAGAAAUAUACACGCUCGGGAGAGCUAAGAAGGGUUCUGGGUGUUCCUCUUGGAAGUACAUCAGAGGACCAUUCCUUUGGAGUUGCCCAUCCUAAACCUCCACCUCCAGUGGCUACAGAGGAGCUAAAGCACUUUAAAGAAAGUGUCCGAGAUGCCUCCAGAAAGGCCAGGGAUAGGGCAAAAUUGUUAUGCGAUUCCAUUUUCAAAUUGGACAAGUAUAAGGAAGUUAUAGGCUCAAAGAAGCGACAACGUAGUGAUCUUUCAUCAGGUGAGAGGUCUGGUGGAGUAAACUUAGCAAGGAUGGGAAGCCAGAUUCACAGAAACUCUCAUGACUCUGUGACUCAAAGAUUGGAGGACAAAACCAAGGGUAUUGGGUUGAAUAAGCGUGUUCGUACUUCAGUGGUGGAUGUGCGGGCAGAUGGUAGGUCUGCUGCAACGUCAAGGCUUCACAUGGUCACUGAUAAGGAUGGAGAUCUUCUCCAAGCAGUUGGCAGUGGUUCUGUUCGGAUUGAAGAAAAGACUCGCCGAUUGCUUGCUGGUGGUGAAGGAUUGGAUCAAAAAAUAAAGAAGAAGCGUUCUGUUGGGGCUGUAGGUAAUAGAGUAAUAACUGGUGAAAGGGAUACAAAACGAGCUUCACAUCCAAAGUUGAAUCCUGAGUCUAAAUUGCGAUCUAGUGAUGCUCAUGGUUUCAGAUUGAAAUCUAGCCCCGGACUUGUUGGAGUCAACAAGUUGGAUGGUUCUCUUGAGCCUGCUAGUUUAGAUGCUUGCAUGUUACCCAGGAAUGAACCGGAAAGUAUGCCAAUUCCAAGGGACCGUGCAGUUCAAUUUGAACAUAGACUUUUAGCAAAAGGAAACAAGUCAAAUAUUCAGGAGGAUACCCCAGUGGGCAGUCCGAAUACAGUGAUAAAAGGAAAGGUUUCUAGGGCACCUCGGACUGGCUCUGUCAUGGGGCUAGACUCAUCUCCUAAUAUUCAACCUUCAUCCGGAGCCUUUCAAGAUUGGGAACAGCCUAAAGGUCUAAAUAAAGUUGCAGUUGCAGGUGUGAGAAAUAACCAAAAGCGUAUGAUGUCUUCAGGUUCAUCCAUACAUCCUAUGACCCAGUGGGUUGGUCAGAGACCACAUAAAAACUCACGCACAAGGAGAUCAAAUUUAGUUUCUCCUGUCUCAAACCAUGCUGAAGCUCAGAUUUCAUCUCAAAGCUUAGCAACUACUGAUUUUAGUGCUAAAACUUCAGUUGUUGGGACCAGCAGUGUAGAUAACAAUAACCCAAAAAUUAAGUUGGAACUUGAGAAUGUUUCAUCUCCAUUUGGGUUGUCUGAAAGUGAAGAAUCAGGUGCUGGCGAACACAAGUUGAAAGAGAAAGGGAUAGAUAAUGUUGAAGUUGCUUUAACUGCAACUCAUAAAGUUGUGCCCUUUGUAAUGCCCACAAAGAAGAAUAAACUACUGAGUAAUGAAAGUGGAGAUGGCGUGUGUAGACAAGGAAGGAGUGGAAGGGGUUCAUCUUUAACAAGAACAGAAAUUCCUUUAGUGAGGGAGAAGUUGGAGAAUUUAUCAACCGCAAAGCCCCUGCAAAGCGUGAAGCCUAGCUCUGAAAAGAACAGAAGUAAAUCAGGUCGUCCACCUUCAAAAAAGCUGAAAGACCGCAAGGCUUCAAUUCGUGUUGGGCCGAUGAUAAACAAUGGUUCUUUGAAUUAUACAGGUGAAUCUGAUGAUGAUCGUGAAGAACUGCUUGUGGCUGCAAAUGCUGCUCAUAAUGCUAGGAGUCUUGCCUGUUCUGGUCCAUUUUGGAAGAAAAUGGAAUCUAUUUUUGCUUCUGUCAGCUCAGAGGAUUUGUCCUACUUGAAGCAGCAGCUAAGUUUUGCAGAGGAGCUUGACGAUACUUUGUCUCAGAUGUUUGGCGUCGAUUUCAAUGCCUUGGGUGUUGGUGUGCAUAAAGAAGUGAUUGAUUAUUCUGGUGUAAGACUAGGAAGCCACUUCAAUCAAGAAUUAGCUGAGACUGACUCUUUACGGGGAAGAUUUGACAUGAAAAAGUCAGAUAAGGUUACUCCAUUAUACCAAAGAGUUCUUUCUGCCCUGAUAGAAGAAGAUGAAAUUGAAGAAUCUUACCCCCACAGUGAAGGGAAAACUUUGUCUCUGCAGUAUGCGAGUGAUGAUUCUCAUUGUGGUUCAUGUAACCAGAUCGAUAUUGAGACCAAAGACAGGGACAGAAUGGAAUCAGAAGUUGAGUCGAAAGUUGAUUAUCAGAUGCAGAAGAAUUGCUUGUUAGACAGAGUUUCUUGUGAUAAGAGUGUUGUAUCUAACUCAUUUAGGAACCCAAGCAUAUCCAGUCCUUUAAAUAGCAUUGAGCAGUGGCGGGGAGAUUAUGACAUUUCACAUUCUGAUCUGGGGCACACCAGUGAAAUAUGUUCAAAUGAUCUUGGUCAGCUGCAACCUAGGGAAUUAAAUGUUGCCAGCUUUUCUUCCUCUGACUGCCAAUAUCAGCUGUUGUGCAUGGAUGACAGGCUUCUAUUGGAACUGCAGAGUAUUGGCCUAUAUCCAGAGACAUUGCCUGAUCUAGCAGAGGGAGAAGUGAUUAAACAAGAUAUAAUGGACCUUAAGGAAGGACUGUACCAACAGAUUGGGAUAAAGAGGAAAAACUUGGGAAAGAUUGAUGAAGCUAUUCAGAAAGGGAGAGAUGUGGAAAGACAGACUAUGGAGCAAGUUGCGAUGGACCAACUUAUUGGGAUUGCUUACCAAAAACGGAUGGCUUGCCGUGGGAGUUAUGCUUCCAAAAGUGCAGUCCGUAAGAUUUCGAAACAAGUUGCAUUGGCUUUUGUGAAGCGCACUCUUGCUAGAUGUCGGAAAUUUGAAGAUACUGGCAAUAGUUGCUUUAGUGAGCCUGCACUGCAGGAUGUCAUAUUUUCGCCACCUCCAUGCAAUAAUGAUGCAAAAUCGGUUGAUUGUGUUGGCUCAGGAAGUGCUAGUAAUACAUGCAAUGAAGCUUCCCACCAAGUGGAAGCUAGGGGAUCAGGUGCCGUUUCUAGCACUUUUGAGAGGUAUGAUUCCCUCAGUGAUAAUAUAGACAGAGGUUCCUCAGAUGCUCUCCAAAGUGUCAUUCACUCUUCUGAACAAGCUUCUUCCAAGCAUGGCUCAGUGUUCAUCAAGGGAAAGAAGAGGGAAAUGUUAAUUGAUGAUGUUGUUGGAAGUGCCUCCUCAAGGAUGACAUCAGCUCUUGACAACCCUGUUCUUGAUGGAGUAAAGGGAAAGAGAAGUGAGAGAGACAGGGAUCAGAACGGAGAUAUUGUAAAGAGUAAUUCUGUCUCUGGAGCCAGUCGUUCAUCAAUGGACAGUUUCCGAAGUGAACGAAAAACAAAAGCAAAGCCCAAGCAAAAGAUUAGUCAUCUAUCAACAUCAGGAAGCAGUUUCCAUGGCAGGCUUACAGAAGCAACAGAACCUGCUUGUCCACCAGCUCAGGCAUCUAGUCACUCGGUGGCUCUUGUUACCAAUAAAAUAAGCAGAGAAAGGGGGUCACGCUUGCCCAGUAAUGUUCCGCAGGAAUCAUCUAAAGAGUCGGAGGAACCCAUUGAUUUUGCUAAGUUGCCACUAAAUGAAUUAGAUACAGUGGAAGCACUAGAUGUACCCAAUGACAUUACUGAACCUCAAGAUCUGAGUACUUGGUUGAACUUUGAUGACGAUGUCUUGCAAGACUAUGAUUGUGUAGGUCUCGAAAUACCAAUGGAUGACCUAUCGGAGUUGAACAUUAUCUGAUGAAAAUUCUCAAUUAGUUCUCAAACCAAUGUUUAGAUUAGGACCAACUUGUCUAGCUGAAGCAAUUGACACAAAAUUGUAAUUAUAAUAUUAUUCCUCUGUAUGAAUUUCAAGUCAAUGGAGAAAUAUGAUCCCUAUAGUAUUUGUACAUUUCCA